GUUUUGUAAGCUAUAACUGUCAUUUACUUACAUUACAGUUCAUUCAGGUUGGUCUCAUAUGACCGAUGUUUAUGACAAUAUCCGUCGUGCGAGUUAUAUUUUGUCACUUAGCAGUACAAAGGCCUCGGAAUAUAAUAUUAAUUCUUUAAUUUGCAAGAGAAAAAUUAGAAUACAGCUGGCCAUAUAAAUGCUAACUAUUUUCUUCGGGGCUUGCUGAUAUGCAAAAGACGGCCCAUGGUUUGGAGAUCUUAGCAGUGCACACUGCCACAGUAUUUAAAAACGCAGUGAGAUUUUAUAGAUUAACGCACGUUAUUGCCUAGUACUGCUGAUCAGGUGAAAUGUUAUAUACCUGUAUAGUAUACUAUAAUUCUUUUCUUUUAUUCUCUUUUCCUGUAGUCAACUAAAUUAAAAUAAUUAUGUUUCUUUGUUAUCAACAGGGGAAGCAAUGGGGACGGUUUUAGAAGAUUCGACUUCCUACACCAUUACAACUGUUCCAGGUGCGGAGUAAAUUUUCUCUACAGAUUAGUAAAUAAAAGAAUACGAUCAUUAGAAAUUAUUCUCUAUAUAGCUUUACGAUAUAAAAACAGCAUAGCCUAGCUUCGCUAGGAGCAAUGUAUAAUUAUAGCGUUAUAUUAGUGUGUGUUAGGUUUGGGUUUGAAGUUUCGUCGAAAAGUCAACGCUCUUUUCGCUUCUUUCGGGCCAUUUCGCGUUAUUUUGGCAUCGAGUAAUUUAAGAGGUAUAACUAUAACGGAUGUUUGAUUAGUUAUCCUUCCUGUACCCACUGGAAACAUGACAAUUAACCCUUUUCUUGGUGGCUUGAAAUUUAAGUCGAACCUCAGACUGUUAAGUACUGACAGGCGACUAAUAGGAAAUUUCCCAUUGCGUUGAAAUAAAAAGUAAAAAGUCGUCAACUGAUUAUAAUUUUUUGUAACACGAGCCUAAACAAAACUAAUUCUGAGAGCUUGAAAUCUAAUUUUUUAUUUUUUCUCAGGUUUGUUAAUUUUAAUUCGAAAGUUUCUUUCCUGAUCAAAGCAUUGUCAGUAUAUUGAAUUGCGGUUGAGGAGCAUUUGUUCAUUCAACGUUUAUAAGCAUGGAACUUAGUUUAAAAAUUGCUCUAAUACUCUUAAUUGAAAAGUUCGAUUCUUGUACAUUGGUUGAUAUUUGUAAAAUAUUAAAAAAGCUAUAUAUUAUUAUUUUUUUUUUCUGCUAUUUUAUUUAAUAGUUUAGGUGUUUUGAAUUAAAUGUUUCUUUUGGUUAAAUUCGAACAUACUUGUAUUUUGAGGCAUUCUCGGUAACAGAUUGACUCAAAUUUAUUUACACAAAUCAUGGAUCUUUUGUUAGAUACCAUAGGGGUUUCUGCCGGAUGUAAACAUGUUUUGUUUUGCACUCCUUAAAAAAUUUGUCAGGAAAUAUUUGAAAGCAAUUCGAGAAAAGCUUUCAUUUUCUAUGCGAUAAAAUAAGGGGAAGAAUUCAGUUCGCACCUCCAUUUGCGUAUCUUCUUAAUCGAGUUUAUUCUUAACUGAAUUCUUUAGAACUAAAAACUGUUAUCAGUUGUUAAAGUGGGGUAAUUUAACUCCGCAAAUAGAUAAUGUUAUUUCUGCAGCUUUACCACCUGUUAAAGCAAACACACAUCAACCCGGGGGUACUGACGAGCCUAUUGACAAACAAAUCAGUAACUACAAUCUUGGACAAAAUAAAAUGGAACAGCAAGCCCCCAUCCCCCCAAAUCAAGCCCCAAAUGAAGGAUGAAGCCGUGCGAAGGGUAAAAACGCGCCAUUUUCCCAUCCUUGAUUUGGGGGGGAGGGGGGGUCUAGGUUUUCCAUUUAUUUUGUCCAAGGUUGUAGGCUUCUUUACCCCGUGGCCAAUUUGGGUCACGUGUUUCGCGAUUAAAAGUCGAACGGUCCGGUAGGAGGAAAACUCUUUGCAAGUGUCUUUUUCCCUGAAGGAUUUAGCUUAAUUUCAAUGGAGAUAUAGAAUUUUUACCGCAGAAGCCCUUUAGUAAAUGAAAGUUCUCGGAAUUCUUGAGAAAAUUUGUUUAUACACAAUUUAUGUGAGGGAGUUACAGAACAACACUUAAUGAAAAAAGAUACCUAUUUACUCUUGAAAGAUCGAGUCGUUGAUAGUUCGGUUUCCUGAAUGUUUUCUUUCAUUUCAAUUAAAGUGGCAAUAGUAGAGUAGUUCGUCUGAUGUAUAAAAAAUCACGAAUGUUUUAGGAGGCGAGCCUCUUGGAAUGGAAAAUGGUACAAUCCCUGAUGAAAACAUAACUGCUUCCUCCUCUGCAAGCGCUGCUCCGCCACAUCUCGGCCGUUUGAAUGGCUCGGCAUCCUGGUGCACUGGUAAGGCCGAUGGCUGUUACUUACAGGUAAGAUAAACGUCGAUAUCAUGUUAGCCUCCCUUUCAAGCAAUGCAGCAUGUCCUCUUACGUCGGACAAUCAGGGGUUAAGUGAACUGGUCAUUUUUUGUUCUGAUUUUAGUGGAGAUUAAGGUUGCUUUGCUUUUUCUUGGCUUUGCAUAUGGUCUUUAGUGGUAAAGACCGCUUUUAGUUUUGCUUUUUCCACAUGGUCUCACGGUGUCAAGGUCGUCUUUGCUUUCCAUCAAAAGUUAAAGCAGGAUUGUUAUUUACAACCAGUAAUAUUUGACACUAAAGCUGCCCCACUUGUGUAGCUCUCUGAGAUAAAGGCGCAUUUUCACACAUAUCCCAUACAACAGGUUAGAGAAAAGCAGGAAACGUAAUAUUCGAUGUACUGAUUCAACGUUAAAAUCUGUUGAAUGUUAUUGUAAAAAACAAAUCGACAUCAGCUUUGAAAGGUCUAUACCUUUAACAACCAUAGAAAUAAAGUCAAUAUCUUCAAACCUUCGCAGAGAAACCACUCGCCUGCGACUCGUGGUUCCACUUGAGUUUUGUAAAUUUUUUAAAUCGAAUAUGGCAUAAAGUUGUGUAUGGGUUCCUUUGACGCCGGUCAAAGGUAUUACCCCCAUGGCUUGAAGAGCAUUAGACUUUCGUUAGCACCUUUUCCGAGCUUUGCUACGUUCUUGGAUAUCGAUUGAUAAUCUCGGGGAUGGGCAUAAAAUAUCAUGAGGCAAAUUGAAUUUUAUUCCGACUUGUUUAAUGGUGUAUCUUCUUUUUAACACUAUGGAUUUACAUGAAUUUUUUUUCUGCGCUGAUCGUGAUUUUCAUCUUGGUAGGUUGAUCUUGGAAGCCUGCAUUUGCUGUGCGCAGUUGCAACUCAGGGUAAUCCAGGAGGAAACAGAGACUAUGUAAAGCGUUACAAACUGCUGUACUCUACAGACAGCUCCAACUGGACAACGUAUGAGGAGAACGGGAACAAUGUAAGAUGGACCUCUAGGACUGCGAUCGACUGGGAAGUCCGGAUCUUCCGGAUUUCACAAUCGAAUCCCAAAAAACAAUCUUCAGUUUGGAUCUGUUUAUUCUAACCCAUGCCACAGAAGGAUAAGGAAAAACUUUUGUCGGGUCCAGUUGCAUAUAACGUAACGUCGAGCAAAACUGCUAACGUCUAGCUUUAAAGAAAAGAGUUUGACCGGUCGCCCCUGUAAUAGCCUUCCACGUAUGCGUUUUUUAGGGGAGCUGGUAUUUCGAGGGACGAAAUACGAGCUCCCCUAAAAACGCCUGCGUGGGAGGCUACCCUUGUAAGGGAAUACAGGGUUGGGUAACUAAUGACUGAGGGACUUAAGAUCACCAAGAACCCCUUCCCCAACUCCCCUUCUGUACUUCCGGGUUGUGCGUUGCUGUUUUCCCAGCUAAAAUGGAACGCAUUAUAAAGUGACUUGCAAAAUUGCGCCUCUUUCCUCGUAUUUUCUCAGCAUAUUUAGCGACUUGUAAUUUUUAAUUGAAUAAGAAAUGCAAUUAUUGAUGCGUAUUUGUCUCCUGCGUUCUGUUAAAAGUCACAAAAGAGUCGCUAAAAAUGAGAAAAUAGAGGUGCAGUUUUGGAUGGCAGUUGGAUGUCGAUAUAUACAUAUUUGUACUAAAACCAUUAUAAGGCCUUUCGACGGCUGAAUUCGCAGGCGAAACGAUCUCACUUUCAUGCCUUCAUCUUUGGGAGCCUUUUCCAGGUAUGGAGUGCAGUGCGAAGUAAAAUGAUAAAGAAAGCGUGGAAAAGUAGAGAGGGAUCGCGCCCCAUUUUUACUUCAUGCAGCUCCCCACUUUCUGAACGCCUGGAACAGGCUAUAUCUUUGCUGAUUCUAAAUUCUUUUUCAAAUUUCAAUUGUACAAUUAUACAACAGUACAAGAAAAAAUAAAACGCAUAGCACAAAGCAAAGGAAGACACUCGACAUUGCUGCUUUGAUUUUGUCCCCUACAACUAGCCUUGUGAGUUUCUGAUGACAAAUCACGUGGCUAAUAUUCAUAACAAACUGCAUAUUCAUACAAGGAAUGCUAAAUGUUUAAAACCUAAGCCUAUUGUUUCUGUUGCCAUUUUAAAAUACAACUGGAUAUGCAUGCAUGGAAUAACUCAACAUAAAACAUCGAUCGCCAUAACUAAAGUAGACAGGGAUCACUGAUUUUUGUCGUACUCCACUUUCCAGAUCAUCGCGGGAAACAAAGAUAACGCCAGCGUGCAGAGAAAAGAUCUUGAGCAAGAGCUUAUCAUUCGUUACGUGAGGUUCUGUCCUGUUGAUUGGUACUGCUGGCCGUGCAUGCGAGUGGAGCUGUACGGAGCUCCGUUGAACAUUGGAGGUAAGAGCAAACGGCACGCGUUUGAUUUUCCAGUCACCUCGGAGGUGCAGGGAUCCCAGUUGCACUUGAAAGGCGAAGGACUAGAUGAUUUUUUAAAGUAAGGAAAAUUGUUAUAAGAACCCCUAGUAGUAUCGAGUCGCUAAAGGUCCAUUCUCGAUCGACUCGUUUUAUUUACGAUGAUCAGAAUACUACGAUCAAACGUUUGAGCUACGAGCAGACAUCUUGCCAGAAAGUACUUUAAAACUAACGUGGUCAUCUUAGUCCUGUUUUAACACAUGAUAUUUUUGUGCAGUGUAGUUGCAUUAUUUUUGCAAUGAAAUCAUUGCUCAAGCGGUUGAGCUGUUUAUUUCUUAGACUUGAAGGCCUCAUUUCUCAGUGUUUUACUUCGGAUGCCUCUCAGCUGGGGCUUUGCGUCGGACAAAACGAUCGAUCUUUAUAAGUGGCUGGGUAAUUUAAGCGAUGCAUGCUACAUCGGGCUCACUGAGAAAGAAAAAAGUCGCUUGGACCGUGAUGACUCGGAUUGUUCUUCAACCCGUGUCAUGUCCGUCAACACGAGUCGCUCGCCAGCAGUUGUUAUACUUCUGUCUUUUCCUGCAAAUAAUAUUUAUACAUAUCACUUCUUAUACAGGAGGUAUAGCACGACCAUUUUCCUCAAAUUUAGUGUUAAAAAGUUAUUUACAUUUGCAUUAGUUGUUAUUCAAAUCACGUGUAUAUCGGCCAGGGUUUCUGGAGAUUAAGAAGUACAUGUGUACUCUUUUGCUGGUAUUCAUCACUUAAUGUCAGAAAUAUACAAAUUUAACUUCACAGCUAAUUUACUUCUUCUAUUAUCUUUAACGGUGACAAAAAAAGGGAAAGAGUUAUCGUGGCUGUUUGAAUUUGCUUACCCACUCUAAUCCGUGAGUAAAUCUCAAGAGACGUACAUUGGAGGUAGUUUAAUUUGUUUUAAUAGUAGUUGGUGACUGAAAUUUCGACAAUUAUUUCGUCGUGCUGGGAGUAUCUUCUUGAAAUAUUUUUCGUUGAGUAACUGUAACAUUACCAGCGCAUAGUCCAUUGUGGAGACAUGAGCUUUUUUUUCACACAAACAAAAUUCUCAAUGCAAUCAUUUGUGUUGUCACAAGCAAUAAAUGGUAAUCAAAAUUGUUUCUCCAUUGUUCUAGUGAAGGGGUUCAUUUGCAUAAAUAGAAGACGUUUGACUCGGUUAUUGGUUUAUUCACCUGAAUGAUGAAUAUUACUUUUAUUUAUUUCUCCUCAGAAAGACAAAUGAAAACAUUUUAUUGAUAUAGUAUUUUACAUCUUUGUUAAAAGGAUCGAUCAAUUAUAUUAUUGUUGAAUGUAUUGUUUUCGCGAACAGCACAAUUUUAGCUGCGUUCGAAGCUGGAAUUUUGAGACACAAACUAACUCGUCUAGAGUGCAACUAAUUGACCUUUUAGUAAAUUUCGAGGCUUUGUUAAAAUAAAUGACCUGUCUCAGUACCGCAGCAGACAAAAACUAGAUGGUACCGGAAAAAGAAAAUCUGUGAACUCUUUUCGCUCGCAGCAUUUCUUCGUCUUUGGACGCUGUACACUGAUCUGCUAAGUUAUUUGAAAAAGGGAAGACGAAAAUGAACUUGUCCAUUGAAUCUAUAUUUAUUUCCUUAAGAGCUGUGUACAACACCUUGCAAGAUAACAGAAUAUCGUUCACAAAUGUCGUUUUAUUGUAGUCCAGGUAACAGUAGAGAUUAUUCUGCCGAAAUACAUUUCAGAGGGUUAUAGCAAACGACAAGAUGCUGUCAUGCAAUUUAGAGCUACGCCCAGGUUUAAUUUCCAAUUGUUGCAAUUGUUACCUGUGGUAUGGCACUGCCUUGACUGCUUAUCCUAAGGGGCGACCUAAAAGUGAUGAGAACUAUUCGUUGUUGGUUUAACCGAUGUUUUGCUACCACUUCAGGGAUUAAGUUAAAUUAGUCAUCUUUUAUAGUCAUCCCCAUGAAGCAAGUUUUUGGUGCUUUUUAGCGUUUAGUGUUUGGAAUUUUCUGGCGAGCAACCCAUCUUUAUAGGGAAUACCCCACGGGAGAUCUCCCCCCCCCCCCCAUUCCCUUCCUCACUUCCUUCUUUGUUUUAUAGAAAAGAUAGGUCACCUUGGAUCAGACGAAGGAGGGGGAUUUGUUAUAGGUAAGUAAAGUAGCCAACAAAAAAUAUUAGGGAGCUUAUCAUACGCAACCUCGACGGUGACGGCUACGAAAACGUCACUUUAAAAGUGAAUUUGCGCUGGCUCAAACUUAAUUGCACUUAUUCCAUCUCGUUUAAUUCGUCAAAUGUUGGCAAAUUUUAUUGGAAGUGCAUUCUAAAGGACUGUAUCAAAGUCCAGGAAAGGGAAAAGAAAGUUGUUGUCUUGUUGUCCCGUCCUCGACAAACCAUGACAUUAGGCACUUUCACGUUGUAGUCGUGCAACAGCGGCAGAGAAAUGUACAAAAAAGCGUGAUGCACGUGCUAAGUUGUUGUUUUGCUGAUCCAAACUUAUUGCUUUUUUGCCGUUCUCGUUGCCGUCUCCGUCGUCGUUGCUGAAGCUCCCUAAUAAUAAGUGUUACGGGAGGCGUUUUUGACGUUAACGAGUUUCCUCAUAACUACUCUAUUUUCCACCAUUAACGAAUGUUUGCCCUCACUCUAAAAGAAAUCUGUUUCUCUCAUAGAUAAAGUCAUGGUGACGACAUAUGAAACACAAGUUGAUGAAAAUGGCGAAACCGGUCUGAAUGAAGAGGCAAACGCUUCAAAAAAGACAACUGAAGAGGAAGGUAAUUGCUGAUAAUAUCAAUAUUCAAAGAAGAUUUUUUUUACCCAUUUUUGUAUUUCACAUUCUAUUCCGAACAGUUGUCUUAGCAGUAUUUAGUAUGCAGGAACCUAAUAGUUUUUCAAAUGACCUUAACUCGCACGAGUUUCUCAUAGGCUCGACUCACCUGUAAGGAGAGCUCGAGUCGCCUGUGACACUGACUGCCGGAUGAAACAUUAAAGAAAAUUGUGUAAUUUCAGCCACAGUUUGUAACAUUAAGCUUGGGUUUACUAAACCGCGGUACUUGAAAUCAAAAGCAGUUUAUGGUAAGCGGAUUCCAAUACCACCAUUACCCAACUCUGCCACUGCCAGAAAUAUUCGUUCGGCUGGAAUGGUCACGUGAUCCGAACCGUCUUGCGCUGUUGCCUUUUGCAGCCUCCUCUCUCUUCUCCGCAACUAGGAAGUUGGGGAGAGGGAAGCCCAAAGCGGGGGGUGGGGUUGGGGUACGUACUCACUAUUUUUCAUUAUUGUCAUAUUUUUGGAAUACUAGAUGGAACCUUGGAAAACAAACAAAGUGUGCGUACGGGCUGUUGAAGGAUUGGGAAAUAUGCACUAAUUUGUCUUUGUUUUUUUUAACCGUAUCCAAGGUCAUGAUUAUAUGGUUCACAUAUAUACCGGCAAUAAGUGGGGAUCUGGGACCGAUGCAAAUGUGAUGAUUACCAUAUUUGGAAAAGAAGGUGACUCUGGCGAGAAGAAGUUGGACAAUGAGAAGAACAACUUUGAAACUGGACAGUAAGGCAUCAUAUUUUCAUUUUGAUCGAGUUCCGUAUUACAGUAUACAACUCAGUCUCCUCUAAAAUUUCGUUUUUGCAAUCUAGUUAGAUUUCCCUAGAUUUCCAAACUGGCUCAUUAAUAUUGCCAUUUAAGUUAGAUAAUUGACAUUUGCUCGAUCUAAUUACAAUAUUAUUUCAAAUUAAGUAAUUACCUAGUAGAUAUAACGAAUAUUCCCUUCACAAAACUUUAAAACUUUAAUCUGCUGCGAUAAGAUGGAAGGACACCGCGAAAGUUGGAGAACGGGGCGAACUAAAAUUCUUCGUAGUUUUCCUUUCCUGUACUUUUACAUUUUGCUACUUCUCAUCUGAGAGCCUAGGACAGGCUGGUAUCCACUUCGAAGAGCAAUCUAUAACUGAGGUCCCGUCCGCACUUCGUCCGCACUAAUCAUUGUAACAGCGUUUGAAAACGCAGACUUUCAAUGCUUUAGGCCUUCCACCCACACUAAUAGAAAAUACGCUGAGCGUUUUCAUCGCAUCGAUUUGAAAACGCUCUUGAAAGGGGAUCAAAACGAAAACGCAUACAUAUCGUAUUAUCGUGAACGGUCGAAAAAGCAUCAAAGUGAAAACGACGACCGACGUGUGUUUGCAACAUGCGCAUAGAGUUCAUCUUACGUCGCUACGCCCAAUUCUAUCGUUUUCGAACGUUUAAGUCUGGACAGUCGAAAACGCACCAAAACGGUAGUGUGGACGCGAAUCGAUCGAUGCGUUUUCUAUGACAACGAAAACUCUUUCUUUUUGGAACGGCAUUAGUGUGGACAGGGCCUGCCCUUCUUUUAAAGGCUUUUCAAUUAAGGAAGCUGGGAUAAACCAUCAUUCUUCAUAUUUUUACAUUUGUCUCACUGUGUUUUUCAGGAAAGAUUCCUUCCCAGUUAACUGCACAGCAUCCCUUGGGCGACUAACCAAGAUCAGAAUUGGACAUGACAACACUGGUUUUGGUGCAGCAUGGUUUUUAGACAAGGUAAUUGGUGUGAAUUUCACUUAUAUCGAAGUAACUCCUCGGAAUUAACGUCGUCUGUGCUGCCUCAGAAUUUCAAACCUCUCCUUCUGAAAACGUCCUAAAUUCAACAACAAUAACUGUGUAUGAACUAUUUUCCCUAGUCAGUCUAAGUGCUUAUCGUUUCUACAUAGUUAUGGUAUCCGGGGUACUUAUAAUAACUAGUUUUAUAUCACAUUGUGCCUUGGACAGUUCAGAUUACUUUGCUCGUCUCUGUUCAAGACGUGAUAUUAAGAUUAAACCAUUUCACUUUUUUAUACUACCUUUUUACAAUCAGUUUGUAACUUCCUGGUUUUUUUUUAGGUGAUUGUCGAAGAUCUCAAGUCAGGAGAGACAGUUGAAUUUCCAUGCCAACGAUGGUUUUCUACAAAUGAUGAUGAUGGGCAGAUAACACGUGAAUUAACGAGAGCAGAUGAAAACGAUGCCGAGAUGACUGGUACUAGAAUAUGAGAAAGACAGUAUUAUCAUUAAUUUGAUCUUAUAGGGAAAUUUGCUAUUUGCUGCGAAAAGUAACUUUGCGAUUUCUUCGUUUUAUAUUCCGUGGGGGAAUUCGGGCGGGCGAGAGCGAGAGGGUCCCCUCCUCGCGUGCCUCUCUCCCGCCCGAAUUCCUCCUUACGUUUCCCUUUUUAAAGGCCCGUCACGCAGGCUAUUUUUAUUCCUUCACUUUGUAAUUGUUCAAGAUCUAGGAUGACAAGGCGCGCUAAGUGGGCACAAUUAACGUUUGGAGACCAGUCCCACAGGCGUUCUCUCUUCUCUACUUCACUUAAAAAAUUCCCUGUCCACUAUAAUUUUCGUGCCGUUCCCGCUGGAACAGCCUGGGUCUUGAUUAUGGCUCACCUACAAGCAGUUGUUUUGCCACACUUAUUGCGCUGGCUACAUGCAUCUCUGUGAGUUCUAAGAGUUCCAUUGGACUGAAACAGCCACAGUGACUUAGUAGGGUUUAAGACGCUUAUCUACCUGCGUAUAUUCGAAAUAUUUACUGACCAGUAAGUCAUACAUUUGGAUCCUCAUGAUAUAUCGUUAAACCGGACCUUUUUAGAUCACGAUUACCUCGUUCACAUCUACACUGGUGACAAGUGGGGAGCUGGGACCGAUGCUAACGUCAUGAUUACCAUAUUUGGAGAAGAUGGUGACUCUGGCGAGAGAAAGUUGGACAACAACAAGAACAACUUUGAAACUGGACAGUAAGGGAUCAAUGUCUGUAUUCUUUAACAAGGUUUCUUCUGUGAGAAUAUGAGUUACUUUUAAAAAUAUUAUAAAUAAAAGUGCCUUUUUCAUCAUUAUAGUAAUUAGUCAGGAAAUGAAACUUGCGGCAUUGAAUCAGUUUGCUGAUUACCUUGCAACAUUAAAAAUUUUAAGCACCCAAAACUUCUGUUGUAAAGUUAAUUAAUUAUUUUCAUUGAUACACUCAUUUACAUUAUAAUAUUUCUUUUUAGGAAAGAUUCCUUUACACUGACUUGUGCAACGUCCCUUGGGCGACUGACCAAGGUCAGAAUUGGACAUGACAACACUGGUUUUGGUGCAGCGUGGUUUUUAGACAAGGUUAGUCGCAUGGUUUUUAUUUGUAUAGGUAAUAGCAUGAUUUGUAGUGAUAUUUGGCAUAAAUACCACGAGUGAUAUUUCAAAAUUGUUAUACGUAAUUUCACGAGCCGUUUGGCGCGUGAAAUUUGAGAAAAUUUUGAAAUAUCACGAGUGGUAUUUAUGCCAAAUAUGACGUACAAAUCGUGCUAUUAUUUGUUUAUACUACUACCCACAAAAGGUUUGUAAUUUUCACAUGUAGGUAUUUCAAAUUAAGCUGAAAAACCACUGCUCUAAGCCAAUCAAAUUGCAGUAAUUUUUCAUGCAGUAGUAUAAAAAAGUGUAAAAUCAUUAUUAGAGACCUUUGGUGAGAAACGUAAGUGACGUCUUUUUCGUUUUUGUGGCAUGUUGAGUAAGACUAAGUAAACCGUAUCUUAUCAUAGACUACAAGAAAACUCUUAGGGUUGUCGCUCUGCUGGUGAGCGUGUUAUCUGUUCCUUCUCUGCUCACUCCCUUCCUUCAAUCUCCUGUCCAUCACAGAUGGAAAGCAAGGGUGGUGCAGUCGCAGUGGUGAGAGCACUCUCCUCUCACCUAUGUGGCCCAGGUUCGAUCCUGGCGUUGACGCCUAUGUGGGUUGAGUUUGUUGUUGGUUCUCUCCUUUGCUGCAAGAGGUUUUCCUGCGGGUAAUCCGAUUCCCCCCCCCCCUACUCCCUUCAAGAACCGAAACUUCUUAAUUCUAGUUCGAUUUGAAACUCACGGCCACGUUUAAACGUAUGCGUAAGAACUCCUUAGUGCUUCAUGGGUAAACGAAUUACAAUGAUUCAUGUGUAAUACAGCGGUUCUUUAACAUCGACACAGAAUUCUGACAAGAAAACUAAUUCCUCACUUUUCUCUAUCCACGAUAUGUAAAAAACGGAGCACAACUUUGUGAAUGGUUUCGCAAUGACUCCGCUACGUGUUGCUAUAUCAAAUAAAGAUAUAUACAGCUCUAACGCUCUUUUUUCCCAUGUGUAAAAGGUCUUUUAUGAAUCAGGAUCAUCAAAAACUCCUCCAGUCUUUACAAUAUUAAGUUGUAUUGCAUGUAUCUAAAGUCUCCUAUUUUUUAACAGUUUACGAACUGUUAAUCCAAGUGAAAAUUUCAGAUAAGGAAACUGCGUCGUGAAACUCUUUGUCCUGGUAUUUUUCAUGUUAAAUAUUUUUCCAGUAAAUGAAGGAAACUUUUUUUGCAGGUUGCUGUUGAAGAUCCCAAGACGGCAGAAACCGUUGAAUUCCCAUGCCAGCGGUGGUUUUCCACAAGAGAUGAUGAUGGACAGAUUACUCGUGAAUUGAUCAGAGCAGAUGUGCUAGUCGUAGAUGAUGAGAAGACAUCUCCUGUUACAGGUAAAAAAAUAAGAAAACAAAAACGAAACGAUUCACUUGAUCUUAAGGUACCUCUACCUUUCGAACGUGUACAUACAUAGGUCUUGUAUAAGGGAACAGCACUGUGACGUUUUUCCAUUCAUUAUUAGGUCAUGAUUACAUCGCUCACAUAUACACUGGUGAUAAGUGGGGAGCUGGGACCGAUGCUAACGUCAUGAUUACCAUAUUUGGAGAAGAAGGUGACUCAGGCGAGAGGAGAUUGGACAAUGACAGCAACAACUUUGAAAAUGGACAGUAAGAAAUCACAUUUUUUUUAUUAUCAACUGGCACUGCAGUUUGAUAAUUUGACAUUAUUGAUCAAGCCGUCCUAUUUCUACACCUAGCAUUGUUACUAAGCCCGAUCUCCUUCAACAAGCUAAAAAAUAAUUAAAACCUUAAGGGAGUAAUUCUGUUUAUUUAUUUUUCCAUUUCAGGAAGGAUUCUUUCCCAGUGUCAUGUGCAACGUCCCUCGGACGACUAACCAAGAUCAGAAUUGGACAUGACAACACUGGUUUCGGCGCAGCAUGGUUUUUAGACAAGGUAAAACUUUUACACACCCUUCGUAAAUAGAGGAACAUUUAUCUGUCAGGCCGGAGUAGUUUGUGCAAACUGCGACUGAGAGAUGUUAAGGCACCUAAGUAUAACGAAUGCUUGUCCAUGUCAGAUGGACAAUGCGUCUUAUGUAUAAGAUUAUCCAAGCGAGGAAGGACUUUUCAUAAGUGCUUGUGUACCUUUCCUGUAGGUUGUCAUCGAAGACUCUAAGACAGGAGAAACAGUUGAAUUUCCAUGCCAGAGAUGGUUUGCCACAAGUGAAGAUGAUGGAAAGAUAAUUCGUGAUUUGAUUAGGCCAGAAGAAGAAGUCAAAAACGAUGACAAAACUGCUGUUCCAGGUAAAUGCAAUGCAGUGCCACGAAUCAAAUUGUGAAAUGAAAUGUAAUAUUGAAGUGUGUGAGAACAGAAUGAAUCUCAGAUGUAAACCGAAAAUCAUUUGCUAUUUUAUGCCUGUUUCAGCUAAUAAAAUUGCAACGAGAAACAUUUGCUCUUAAAAAAUUCUCGGAUACUAUCUUUGCUCGUGAAGGUAACUCGCCAUAACAAGGUAGACUUGUCCUGUUCGGAAACGCGUGUAAUGCCGAUCGCAAGAGUUAGCUUAUGUCGUCUAAGGCCUGUCUCGAACGUCGUUUUUGACAUAUGCCGAUCAUAUUGUUAAAAUAAGGAAAAUCUAUGGUUCUCGCCCACUUGCAUUGGAUUCGGCAUAAUAUAAAAUGCAAGGUUUGAACAGGCCUAACGCUGAUUACAUUGUGAGUGUCUGCAAAUUUUACUAUGUUCUACCCACGAAGCUUUUGUUUUCGGUAGUGUUAAAUAUAAACAAAAUUCUCUUGGUUUAUAGGCCAGCAAACUGUAGUUUUGAAAAUAAAAGACGUGGGACAAGUCGAACCACAACCAGACGAGGAUGGAUCCUCUGGCAAAGAACAAGAGAAUGUCCCAACCGAUAUAACUGAUGAGAAAGGUAGAUUUGGCGAAAGUAUGCUGUGCCAGGCUCUUAGAUAGUAGGGAAAUCACGAAAACAAAACAGACCUAGCGAAAAUAACACGCGCAAGAUCUUGGGAAGGGGCUAGUGGCGGGAAAAAAAAAAUACGUGUCUCUCUCCCCAGCUCCCGCGCGUUUUCCGCGUCACUUUCCACGACUUCUGUUCACUUCUAUCGUGGAGCCUGGAGCUGGCUAUGGCGAAAGGAAAACAUAGUCCAUUAUAUUAGCCACCCUUCCAAAAUGAAACCAGGAGUCACCAAGAGCGAGAGUUUGAGAGAAUGAUUUUUUCUUGAAUCUGGUAUGAGCAAUGGAUACAGUAGGCGCUGAACUCGUUGAGCUAGUACGGUCGCAAAUCAGACAUCAUACUUCUUUUUCCCAUCUAUUAACUCAACGUUUUUGCAUUUCUUUGUUAAUUAGUAUUGGGUUUUGGUAUACAAGCGUCGCGCGUAAGGUGAUGAGUUUCAGUCAGUCCGCCUUGAUGUCGAUGAGGCAAAGUAUCUCGUCAUGCCUUCAGCUUAAGUUAUCUUGGAAUCUAAAAACAAACUGUUUAGUGAUUUUAGUGUUAACUACAGAAAAAAAAUGCAACGGACUGCAAAACUCUCGAAACGUUUUUGUCUAUCUCUCAUGGACAAGCGCAGAAAGCUAGCUAGCUUAAUCAGCAAAUCUCGAUAUAAUUUCGGUCUUGUUUCGUCACGGCUCUUCAUGAAAUACCCAUGUUGUGUUCACACCUUGUUUACCUUAUAUUUCGCCUUGUCAGACGCCAGCGAGUACCGUGCCCCAGCACCGAGUGUGAACGUUGCUCAAGCUGGCUGUCCACACUUGGUGCCCAAGCAUAAGUGGCUGGGAACUAUCUGGAGCGGGUGUACUUGAAAUAAGGGUGUGUUCACAUUAGUGCUCAAUGAGUACCGUUCUCUGGCACCGUGGUCAGGCACCAAGUAUGAACUGUAAAUAAGGCUACUCUCGCGUAUUCCAAUGCGGAGUAUAAUACUGAGAGCCAAUAAGCUCCUUGCUUUACUCCUCCCAAACAUCCAUUGUUAUAGAAGGGUUUUCAUUAUUGCUUGUUCAUGCCACUGAUGUUGGUCAUCCACAUAUGCAAUAAAAAUUUACCUUUGUUUUAUAGAGGAAGUUGUGGUGAAAACAGACGAGAUACAGAUUAAACCACCGCCAGAACAAGAAGAACCGACAGUGACGGAACUGGAAAAUUUGCCGCAAGAAAUAGUCAUCGAUAAAGGUAAUUUUUCGCGGCAUAAAUUAACUCACUAUAUAAACUUUCUGCUUUAUUCAGCCCAAACAUUAUUAGACGAUUUUUACUUUUGCUUGUUGCCGCUGCCUUUGGUCAUUCACAUGUGCAAUAAAAAUUUGCCUUCUUUUUUAUAGAGGAAGUGUUGGUGAAAACAGACGAGAUAAAGAUUGAAUCACCGCCAGAAAAAGAGGAACCGACGGUAAAGGAAGAGGAAAAUUUGACUCCAGUAAUCAUCAUCAAUAAAGGUAAAUUUUCGCUGCAGAAAGUUACCACGAAAGUUCCCCGUUUUAUUCCACCCAAACAUCCAUUGUUCACGAAGGUUUUUAAUUUUUGCUUGUUGCCACUGAUUUUGGUCAUCCACACAUGCAUUAAAAAUUUGCCUUCUUUUUACAGAAACAGAGGAAGUUGUGGUGAAAACAGACGAGAUACAGAUUGAAGCACCACCAGAAAAAGAGGAACAGACGGCAGUAAAGGAAGAGGAAAAUUUGCCACAAGAAAAUAUCAUCGAUAAAGGUAAUGUUUAGCUACAAAAACUAGCACAAGUGGUGCUAUAGAAAUCUGAACGAGCCAACACAAGCGACAGCUCUUGUCGCGUGAAACCCUGUACAGUUAACUGAUUUUCAUGACAAUACCGUGCCGCUUUGUUUAUAACAAUACAUGAAAUUUUAUUUUUAAAAUUUAUAAGUAAGAAGUGGGCCCAACCUGCGCCUUUCAUUGCCCAAACUGUUGUCCUUGCCCGAAAUGUACCUUCCAAUAUAUUUGUCAUUUGAACAGAUGUCUUUACCCUUGUUAAAAUACCACAAGUUUUUAUGUUUGAGAAAACAAAAAGAAUAUUUUCCAAAAGCAAGAGAAAAUAGCAAGCGCCUGGGGAUGCUUAUGGUUUCUCCAUCCUUUGAUUAUUUCAAAUCGUUAGAAUGUGAUUGCCAUAACAUAGCUUUUAAACUUGAAUGUAAAAAGGAGAAAAAUGUUUAAAGGUCGAGGGUACAGAUUACCACUAGUAUUAAGAUUUCUCAGACGCAAAAGGUAUUUGAAUGAGACUAUCUUUCCAGAAAAAAUGGAAAAGAAAAUCUCUCACUCUGCCAAUAUGGGAUGGUGAUUCUAACGUGGUCGAAAGAGAAAAUGCAGUCUUACCGUAUAUAAGAAUUAAAUGAUUCUUAAAUGCGGAUUUAUGAGACGUAAAGGCAAAUGCACGUUCUAGUAAUGUCUAGAAGCGAACGACGCCUCUAAUUCAUUUGUGAAAUGUAUUCACUUUAGGUCACGAUUACUUGGUUAACAUAUACACCGGUGACAAGUGGGGAGCUGGGACCGAUGCCAACGUCAUGAUUACCAUAUUUGGAGAAGAUGGUGACUCUGGCGAGAGAAAGUUGGACAACAACAAGAACAACUUUGAAACUGGACAGUAAGGAAUUACCUUUUGAUCUUUAAUUUAUGAUUUAGACAACAAAAUUUGGGUUUUCUUUACGCACUUUUCGAAACAAAUGUACUCGAUCGAAACCACUCGCCCCGAAUGGAACUUUCGUUCCUUUUCGGAAUUGCUUUGAAUUUUGGUUAGUACCUUAACUGAACAUCAGUCAAAUGCGUAAAUCCGUGUCCUCUCUAAGAAGGUAGCAAACGCCGUCGAAUUGAACAGUAUUCGUUCAAGCCUUGUCAAUGCAGUGCAGUGGCUAUAAAGCUGAUAAAGCGCUUUGUUAAAGGUCAAUUUUGUUAGCCUCUUUGGCAUUGAGCGUGCGCAACAUUCAACAGCAUUUCGACCAACCUCGAAGGCCGGGUAGGAGAGAACCCUGGGAACGAGGUUGCAUUUCGACCAUUUGGACCAACUGACCAAUGGAAAGGUCCUCUUAACUUACUUAGUCAUAAUUUGUAAACGAAAAGCAAAGAUUGUGCCAGAUCAGGGAGUUUCCCGAACAUAAAGUGCAGCGCUGUCGUUUUCAUCUUUGCUCUUUGCCGGUUUUCAUAACCAGUCUGCUCUACUAACUAUGGGUUAGAACUAAUAUGUGCUUAUUUCCAUUUCAAACACUCCGAACUUAGCGGAGAGGUAGUCCCACCAGACGUUCUUGUAAGAGGUUGAUGCUCAUGCGCUUCUUGUAUUACCCCUUGCAGAGUAAUGUGGAGUAAAGCGGUAUAUUUUAUUUAAUAUGUUUCAUAUAAGUCUGCUCGGAUCUAAAUGUUGUUACUUGGCGUUACAAUAAGAGAGAGGAAUUCCGUAGUUAUUUUCUAACAGCUAAAUUUAUUAGUCUUAUCGUCCACCUUUAUUUGUUUUUUCGCAGAAAAGACUCAUUCACACUGAGUUGUGCAACGCAUCUUGGGCGCAUAAACAAGAUAAGAAUUGGACAUGACAAUACUGGUUUUGGUGCAGCAUGGUUUUUAGACAAGGCAAGUUGCCUGGAUAUUCCUAAUAUUCUUGGAUCCUUUAUUUACUAAAUACCUCUCUCCUAUUAUUUGUUUACUUAUUUACUUUCCAUACCGUUGUACUUUUUAGGUAACUGUUGAGGAUCCGAAGACAGGAGACACAGUUGAAUUUUCCUGCCAGAGAUGGUUUUCUACAAGUGAAGAUGAUGGACAGAUAACACGUGAAUUAACUAGAACAGGUAAAAUAUGUUGCAUCGAAUGCUUAUAAUUAAAAAGAACUGAAAAUAUCUCUACGUUAUCCCUCAGUUUAUUGUGAAGACUGCCGCACAAAGUUUGUGCGAAAAUUUAAUUUGGCGAAAGGGCAUUUGUGGAACCUUUUUUGCGAUCGUUAAAACGUGUUUUUGUUUUUGGAAUAAUUUUAGCAAUUUUUAAAACUGACAACUGUUGGAGAUGAUACGAAUACGUAACUGAAAGCCAACUGUUCAAUUAAAGUUGCAUGUUCAGAAAACAAUCAAUUAAACAAACAAACCAACCGGGAAACGUACUUUUUAAAUACCGUUUAUAGACUGCAUGAUAUCUCUAAAUAAGCAUCUCUUCAUGGCUUCCUUCUUUUGGGUCUAUAAUUAAACUGUUGAAUCUAGAAUAAAAUCCAGAAAAAAUGGAAGCUGAUUGCAGAAUGCUCGAAACUGUCAAGUCUAUCUCUAGUCGACAGGCUUAGAACGAAAGCUAGCUUAAUUAGCAAUCUCGAUAUAAUUUCGGUCUUUUUUUUUCCCUGGCUCUUAAUAAAGUACCUUUGUCUUGUAGAAAAAGUGUUGGAGCCAACCGAGGAGGCACAAGUUGAAAUGCAACCAGACAAAGACGAACCCUCUGAAGAAGCACAGGAGAGUAUUCCUGAAGAAGUUACCACUGAGAAAGGUAAAUUUUAGAAAAAAGAGAGCGACAUCUAAGGGACUUUUCACACUGGUUGCCCGAGACUUGGUUUCUUGGUAUCGUUGUUGGGUUUACACCUUGUUUACCUUAUAUGUAACUGAGUAGACAUUUGCUGCAUGUAUCCUUGUCAGAAGCCAUUUUAAAACGUCAGAGUAACUGCCAGUACAAAGCAAUGGAUUGUCUUAGGACUAACAGAAACUAUUUGAAAAAUAGGGUGAAAAUAGGGUGUGUUCACAUUAGUGCCCACCGAGCACCGUGCUCUGGCACCGAGUGAACGCAAUGUGAACGCUGCCCAAGGGGCCUGUCCACACUUGGUGCCGGAGCACAAAACCCAGGGAAAUGGUUCGAAAUGGUUUUGUGUUCGCACCUUGAGUAAACGACAGGUUACUAUGUGCAUUUUUCUUCAUUUCGCUCGGUCAAAAGCUAUUUUGAAAAGUGAAUUUAGCGGGGAGUGCUGAGCAGUGGAUUUCCUCCCAACCAACAGAAAACAUGUGCACAACGCUUACUCGUGCACCGGUACCGUUACAGAAUUCUUUCAAUUGAGUGAGUAUUCGUUCACAUAUAAUUGUCCAGCGUGUGAGUACCAUUCUCUGGCACCGUGUCUAGGCACUCAGUGGGACUAUAACUCAAAGCUUUUUUCGUGUAUUCGACUGAGCAGUAUCCUGUACUAAAAGGAAAACUCCUUGCUUUAUUCCUUUAAAAAUCGAGUGUAUUAGAAAGGUUCCAAGCAUUGGUUAUGUUACCACUGAUUUUGGUCAUUCAUAUAUGCAACAAAAACUUACCUUCUUUGUAUAGAAGUCAUUUUGGUAAUAAAAGACGAGACACAAGUUGAACCACCACCAGAACAAGAAGAACCGACGGUGAAGGAACAGGAACAUCUGCCACAAGAAAUUAUCGUCGAUAAAGGUAAAUUUUAGCUGCAGAAAGUAUGGUGAGUCACUCUUAAAAACUCAAGGGACAGCUCUUGUCACGUGAAGUCCUAUACAGUUAACCGUCCCUUAUGACAUAAUAGAGUCAUUUUGUUUAUAAAAAUGUAAGUUUUCUUUUAAAUUUAUGAUUAAACUAUAACUUUAACUCUUAGUAAUCUCUUAUUGUGUUGAGGGAGAAGAAUGCUCAUAGUAUUUCAUCAUUAGGAAAAACGAAGACGUCCUUAAUAAUUCUAUUUUCAAAAGUCAAAUUUUUGGGACGUAAAGACAAACGUACCAUUUUUACAACUGUAAUGUCUGAAAGCAAACAAGGCUUCUACUUCAUUUGCGAAAUAUAUUUGAGUAAUUGAAGUCGUAACUUUAGGUCACGAUUACUUGGUUCACAUCUACACUGGCGACAAGUGGGGAGCUGGGACCGAUGCCAACGUCUUGAUUACCAUAUUUGGAGAAGAUGGUGACUCCGGUGAAAGAAAGUUGGACAACAACAAGAACAAUUUUGAAACUGGACAGUAAGGGAUUACCUUUUAAUCAUAAUUUAUUAUUUAAACAAUACGAUUUGUUUUUUCUUCACAUACUUCUCGAAACAAAUGCAUGCAAAUUAAUAGUUGCUCGAUUGAAAUUUUUUCACCCCGAAUAGAACUUUCGUUUCUCUUUCGAAUUGUUUUAAAUUGUGGGUAGCGCCUAUUGAAAAGUCACUGAACAUUUUGAAUGCGUAAAUCUGUGUGCAGUCGAAUUGAACAGUACUGGUUCAGGCCUUGUUAAUGCAGUGCAAUGAUUUAAAAGGCUCAUAAAAGUUCUUUGUUACACUUUUUGGCCUUGACUGUGCGCAACGCUUAACAGCAUUUUAGCGUUGUUGGACUAACUGACCAAUAGAAAUGUUUCGUUAAAUUAUUUAGUCAUAAUUUGUCAACGAAAAACUAAAGAUUGUGCGAUGUCAGGGAGUUCCAAAAAUAAAGUGCAGCAACGUUGUUUUCAUCUUCGCUUUUGCAAAGCAACUAAAACAAACAAACAAACAAACUUUAUUAAUAAGCACAUAAUAUUACAGAAGCACUGGCCGAAGCUAGCAAGGCUAUUCGAGGUGGGAGAGUGAGUGCAAAAUAUUAAGUUAAGACUAAGGCCAACUAAGGAAAGUUUAUGAUUUACAAAGAAAUGAAAUAAAAAUCGUAAUAUGGAUAAGGACUAGAUAACACAAUAAAGAAAAAAAGAUUUAAACAAAUGAAUUGUAAAAGUACAGACUAAUAAGCAAGAAUUUAUUUUUCGACCUUUUUGGCUAACUUUACUAACUUUAUUAACUUUUGCAAUCAAGGUGGGCGUAUCAAUAUAGGUAUCAUCUGAAUUCAAUUUAUAUCAGUAAUUCUAGAUCGGAACUGUUAACCUGAAAUUUCCUAAAGCCGAUGCUCUUGUUUUGUAAGAAUGACAACUACUUGUGUUUUUGAAAUAGAUCAAGAGCCACAAUGGGCUCUUGAAUAGAUUUAAAAUGCCAGAAGGUACAUUACUGAUAUAGUCUAAUAAUAUACAAAGUUCAAGGGUAAAAUGUUAACGUCAAUGAAGAGAGGUAAUACAUGUCCACAGUUUGAUACUUAAGUUGGUAGUAGCUACUUUCUUAGAGAGGCGCUUAUAUUCUUUUCUCUGCGCCUAUAACUCGGAACUAAGCGGGCAGGUAGUACCACCAGAUUUAUUUCACCAUCUGUUUCUUGUAUCACUUCUAUUAGAGUAAUGCGGCGUGAAGCUUAUGUAUAUUUUUUUUAUGUUUCAUUUCUGUUCUGAUGCAAAUGUUGUUGCUUAGUGUUACAAUAAGAGAGAGUAAUUCCGUUGUUAUUUUCCAGGUAAAUCUUUCGGUCUUACUUCGUCCAUAACUAAUCCACCUUCAUUUGUUUUUCGCAGAAAAGACUCAUUCACACUGACUUGUGCAACGCAUCUUGGGCGCCUAAACAAGAUAAGAAUUGGACAUGACAAUACUGGUUUUGGUGCAGCAUGGUUUUUGGACAAGGCAAGUUGCCUGGAUAUUCCUAAGAUUCUUGGAUCCUUUAUUUACCACAUGCCUUCCUCCUAUUAUUUGUUUAUUUAUUUACUUUUCGUACCGUUGUACUUUUCAGGUAACUGUUGAGGAUCCGAAGACAGGAGAAACAGUUGAAUUUCCCUGCCAGAGAUGGUUUUCUACAAGUGAAGAUGAUGGCCAGAUAACACGUGAAUUAACUAUAGCAGGUAAAACAUGUUUUUAUAAUUAGAAGCAACUGGAAAUGUCUCUAUGUGUGUUAUCCAUCUUCUACCUAGCCAAAACCUUCAGGCCAUCAUAUCAGUCAGUUUUUUGUGAAGAGUGCCCCGCAAAUUUUAUGCGAAAAUUUAAUUUGGCGAAGAGGGAUUUGAGGGAACUUAUUUUUGCGAUCCUUAAAAACGUGUAUUUAUUGUCGGAAUAAUUUUCGCAAUUUUUUUUUAAAAAGAACUUUUGGAGUCGAUACGCAUGCGCAACUAAAAGCCAACUGUUCAAUUAAAAUUGCAUGUUCGGAAAUCAAGUAAGCAAACAAACCAACUGGGAAACGCACUUUUUAAAUACAGUUUGUACACUGCAUGAUAUUUGAAAAUACGGCUUUGGAACCCAGUAAUAUUUAAGGUAAUGUUUGUUUCUACAUACUCAGUUGCCAAAAUAUGGAAAACAGUAACGAACAAAGCCAAGCGCAAAAAGAGCACAGAGAGGAUCCUCGGCUAGCUUAUAAGCUGCCAGCUAAUUCUAAAUUGGGCUUUAUAAGUUGCACUGAAUUUAAGAACUCAAAAAGCAUAUCAUUCAAAGACAAAUUCUAUUUUGUUAGGAGGGGCUUUAUUUGUGAGGUAACCGGUAAUGCUCAACUACAUCGCACAUCUGUGUACAGGAAAUUAUAAAAUUAUAAUUUUAAAUUUUGUUCAGUUUUACCUUAACAAUAGUGGUCUAACUUAAAAUUUUUUUGACUGCAUGGUUUAAAUCUUAUACACAUAAAAUAAGUGGUAACUUAAAAAUAUUGACAAGGAACACUAUUUAAGAAUUAAUGUAUCCAUUCCCAGCGCUUUUAUCGAUUAUGUUUAAAAUCGUAAAACGUUUUAACUUUCCCUUCUUGUGUAUUUUUAAAGACUUUAUCAAGCACUCAUCAACGAUUUGCUUCUCUUCAGAAAAUAUGCAAACUGGAAUCGCAAUAUAGUUUGCAGAAAUGUAAAUUUAAUUCAAGAUUUUACUUUAUAGAUGGACAGGUUCUUCACAGUGAUUAUUCGUGUAAAAUAAUCAAUAUUUUCCUUGCCAUUGUAGCUGCCAGACUCAUUUGCAUUAGUCUUAAUGAUUUGUAUUGUAAUUCACUUAUUUGCUCUCUGAACACUUUAAACGCGAGUUCGCCUCUAAUCGCUUUUAUUAUUUGGUACAUGGAACAGAUUCACUUUUAAAAGUGGUAAGUGUGGAUCAAAUAAAUAAUCUGCAUGAAAGUUGUGUCUUACAUGAUCAGAAUGUUAUGUUUUUUUCUCGUUUUUUUCUAGCCACUGCGGUUUUGUGUUUUUGCCAAAUCUACAUAUAUAACAGACCAUAAAUGAAAAGAAGGAUACCCCGGCGAUAGAUUUUUAAAAAGCUGCGGAUUAGAUCAGUGUACAAAGCUAAAAAAUAAACUUGGAAAGCCAAAACAGAAUUCAUUAUAAUAUGAUACCGUUACCUGCGGGAGUAUUGCCCCACAAACUUGCCAUCGUAUUCAAAUAUGAAUUUCUUUCUUUCUUUUUGCGUUUUGUCUAAAAAGAUAAACAAUCCAGUUGCCCAGUAGGCUACCAGUCUAACUUCUAAGGCCGUUUGCGGUUAAGCGCUGCUAUUUAUUUUUGUAAGUAUCUGAUUUAUUUUAUGUAACAGUAUUUCACAAUAUUUGAAGUAGGCUCGUACUUUGAAAAUAUAACUUGUAAUGUUUUUCGAAUUAAAACCGACGGAAAAUUAGAAAUAACUAUUCUUUUGUUGUUACGAUUCGGUUCCCUCCACUUGGUGGCAGCAGGUGUCUUACUCCGUUCCUUUUGUUCAACAGUGACGAGCGCUCAUGCAAAUCUCUUUGUUUACAGACGUUUCGGUGCCAGCGGACGCUACACAUGUUGACGAAAAUGAAGAACCCGAACAAGAUGAAUACUCACUGAAGGAGCAGGAGAAAAAGAUCAUAAGAGAAGCGAAAGAACGGCAGCGAAAAGAAGAAGAACAGGAAAAUAGACUGGAAGAAAUUCAGAUCAUAAUCGAGCAAGAAGAAGGCAAGAGAAGGUCAUCCAAAGACGACAUGGAUAAAGAGCGUAUGGAAGCCGAGGCGAGAGUAAAAUUAGUUCUGGACGAAGAACGGGUGAUGCAGCAACGUGAAAAACCAGACGGAGAAGAUCAAACUGAGCAUCGAGAACGACCAGAAGAAGAGCAAGAGAGAAUAGAAAGUCCUGAGUACUCGAGAAUAGAAGAGGAGCAUCGUCGACGAAUGGAUGCGAUCUCAGCCAUUCUUGAGGAAGACGAAAAACGCAGAAGGGAAGAAAAGGAACAAAAACGGAUGGAAGAAGAAAAUGCGCGAAGAAAGAAAGAGGAAGAGAGACGAAAAAGAGAUGAAGAGCUAAGGAAGAAGCGAGAAGAAGAGAGACUUAAAUGGGAAGAAGAACAUAAAAAGUGGGAAGAGGAAAGAAAAAGGCGAGAUAGGGAACUGGAGGCUGUGUUAGAGGAAGGAAGGAGAAAACGGGCGGAAGACCGGCGUAAACGGGAGGAAGAGCUUAUGAAAAACCGAGAAGAAGAACGAAAGAAACGGGAGGAGGAAAGAAAGAAACGCAUGGAAGAGGAAAUGAGAAAACUCGAGGAGCUUAAAAGAGAGAGAGAAGAGAGGUGGAAUAAGAGGGUUAAUGUUGUAGUUACUAACGUUGAUCUGUCCACGCUAGAAAACGAUAAGGAGAACAAUGCUAAAAAUCGACAGGAGGAGAAAAAGAAGAAGGAAGAGGGCUGGAUAAAAGCAGUGGAAACACCUCGAAAGAUCGAAGAAGACUUGAAGAAGUUCAAGGACGAAGAGCGCAAACGCCUCGAAGAAGAAAGGAAGAAGCUUCAAGAAAGCGAACACGCUCAGGAAGAAGCAGAAAGAGAGUUUAAAUCAGAGUUACGUGUCAAAAGGAGGGAAGAGCCUGAAACCGUUACACGUAUAUCUAGAACCACCAUUACGCUUGCGCCAAAUAGGGAAGCAGCUAUUGAGGAAGAGAAAAGAAGGCUCCAAUGGAGAAUGCAGAAAAUAGAACAGGAUCGUUUGCUUAGGGAAGAAGAGGAAAGAAAACGAAAGGAGGAAGUCGAAAAAAAGAGAAGAGAGGAAGAAGAAAGACUGAGACAAGAGGAAGACAAAAGGCAAAAACAGGAGGAGGAGGAGCGACAAAAGUAUCUAGAGGAGAUGAGAUUGAAGCGGGAGGCAGGAGAGAGACAAAAACAAGAAGAAGCUGAUCGCAAGCGCCAGGAAGAGGAAAGGCGGCGGAGGCUGUCUCUUGAAGGGAAAAGACAACGCAUGGAAGAAGAUAGAAAAAAAAGAGAAGAAGAGGAACAGAUAUGGCGACGAACAAUGGAGGAAAAGAAGAAAAAAGAAGAGGAGGAAAGACAGAAAGAGAUAGAGAGCAAGAAAAAGAAACGUCUGAGUAUUGAUCGGAAGAGAUUUGAAGAAGACGAAAAGAAACGCUUAGAUGCCAUCGAACGAAAGAGAAUUGAAGAAGAGGAGAGAGCGAGACUAGAGGAGGAACAAAGACGGCGCGAGGAAAGGGAGAGAUGGAAACUGAAACAAGCGGAAAGAAGGCGAAGUGGGGAUAUUUACCGGCGACAGAGCGAAGAAGAUUUGAGAAGCAGAGAAGACAGAGCUUCGUUUAAAGAAAGACAAAGGAAAAAAAGGGACAGUAAAAGCUUCGAGACUAAAUGGAUGUUUAUAAACGGCGAGAGAAAUGAAAUACCAGGUAUCAACUGUAAAAAAACAAAAAAAUAUUGUAAAUAAGAAAUGAAAGGCGCCCAAGAGUAUAUGGAAGGAUUAUUUUUCUUUUAAGAUCUGGGUCACAGCAUAUCAGGUCUUCAGGCUAUUUAUAGAUUUAUAGAUUUAUAGAUUUAUCUUUCGCGCCAAAAUUACUCUUAGCCAAUCAGAGCGGAGUUGGAUUUCCAGCAAUGGCGGAUGAGAUUAAUGCUGCGUGAAGCGAGUUCAAGAAAUUCGGAACUAAGAACCAAGAAGCUUAGACGAUCAAUUGCCAUAGUGGAUUAUACCGACGGUUGUGAACACAAGGAAUUUUUUUGGGAAAAGAAAUCUAAAAUUCUGAAUAUCUAAUGCGCUGUGACACUCUCAAGUUGUCGAUGAACGCUCCUGUACGAUUGGGCUCCUUGCAUUGGUAACUUUAGCUUUCGGGGUCAUCACUCGCCUACAGAGAUUUUUACGGGGGAAUUCUUCCAGCCAAAGCGAACCCUUCCUUUUUUAUGCCACAGCCAUAAGUUUGGCAUAAAGUACUGAUCCCAUUCUGGGCUUCACUAAUGCUGUGAAACUGGACCGUCUCAAUUUAGAAAUAACAAUAAUGAUGUUGGUCGUGAUGAUGAUGAUUAUAAUGAUAAUGAUAAUGAUCAUUGUAAUGAUAAGCUAAUGAUAAUGAUCAUUAUGAUGAUAUUGAUAAUAAUAAUAACCGAUAAUGAUGAUAAUAAAACUAAUUAUGAGACAGUAAUCAUAGUAAUGAUAACAAUGUACUGAGUAACCUCUAAUGACUUAGUAUAUAGCUCAAACGUUAAUGAGCGUGAACAGGUAUAUAAUGAACUAACAAUUCAACAGUAAACUACAAUCCUCAUUAUCCGGCCCUAAUUAUAAUAAGCAAUCCAGUAGUGUAUUUACGGGACCAUGCGCCCGGCGCUAGCCGGUUUUGGUCUGGACGGGAACUGGGACGUCCCACGUACGGCAGCCCCGGCUUCGCUUCUUCCCUCAGCGCUAUCUUUAUGGGCAUUUUUUCUCCCCUACCCUCCCCACUGCUUUGAUUUGUUGUUAUCACUAAAAGUUCUAAGGAAUUCAAGUAGCCAUGACGUCGGCCAAAGCAAUGAGAACGACACACUCGUGUAUUUUACAACUUUUCUGGGGAAUGUGAAGACAUGAGGCUCAUAUAUAAACAUUUAAUUCGUUAUUAAGCUUGAACGCUUCUCAACGAAUUUCGACACAUUUGACUCGGAAAACCCAACGAAUUUUUAAAAGUGAUUUGAAGGAGCGAGGAGUGACGUUUUCUUCGGCGUUCAAGUUGUAAUUAGGGUUUUCUCAGACACCAAAGUUCGGGAAGAAAUUACUCUUUGUCUGCUGAUUGCAAUUUGCGUUAUAAUUAUUCGUUUCCAACGCUAUUUUAUUCAUCUCCAACGCUAUGUGCCCCCUUUAUUCGCCAAACAUGUCACUAUACUUAACUUUGUUUCAUUGUUUGUUUGUUUAUUUAUUUUUUUAACAUAGACGAUGAUUCAGUAAGGUCAUCAGUGAGCGAUACAUCUUACAGCGAACCAAAUGUUUUCAUCAAAACAAGUCCUGAACCCAUUGUGAGGAAAGAAGAGAAGUCUCCUUACCCGGAUGAAAAGGUACACCUCAAUUGGUUUCCCUGUUUAAGCAGGGUAUUAAACUAUCUCAACAGUCAUAAAGGCGUUACCGGCGAUCAUUUGUUCACGAAACACCAGCUCGAGCGAUAUCUGUUACCAUAGGUCUCUGUGACGCUCGUGAAAGUGAUUCUUACUUUAAAAUCGCCUAGGUAUCGAGACAUUCCAAGUUGUAAUGUGAACAAACAAUCCCAUUUUGCAGAAAAGUAACCUACCUUGGUCUAGCUCACGCGAUUUUGUUUCUUGGCUGUUCACACUAUAUGACACUAUAUCACACUAUAUACCGGAAUGAUUUUUGCUCCUGCGAAAAAAGCGAUCUGACAAAGUGUAACCAUAUCCUAAUUUAAGGGCUCACCACAAUAUAGUACGCUAAUAUAUGGCUGCCCGAUUACGAUGAAAAGUUUCUCUUUCUCCAAAGGAUUCUUCGCAAAUAUCUCAAACCACCCGGAUUAUCUCAGUGAGUACAACAAUAACGCGCACAAGGCACCAGGAUUCAAGAGACAGGCUGCACAGGUGUGAGUCCGAACCCUCCUUUGUGAAAGAAGUUUCAAUACCGUAUAGAAGUCAGCCUCGCUGUGAUCAUUUGUUACCUGCCGAUCCCGCAGUACAGAUGGCAGAGGGUAUGUUAAUUGACUAAUACUGUUAUUACCAGUUUUCACACCUUUGAUUCGGUGUGGUUAAAAAAACGACGUUUUUGAGCGACUCACCUGAACCGGAAGUGAACCGUUUUUCUCUAUAGGCAUGCCUUGACGCUACCAAAUUGGCAUUGCUAAGUGU